GAAUCACCCCAGUCAGGGUGAAUCUGCCACCGAAUCAAGACGUGGUGCGUGUCGUGUCGUGUCGUCCUAUAUAACAUGUCGCGCACAUAGACGCCAAGGUGUCUCUCUUUUUUUUCCUCUCUCUUUCUCUCCCCUCUUCCUGUCCCCCCGCGAGGAAAAUUCGUACUCGAGAAGGAAUUUCGAAGGUGCGAAAUGAGGCGAAGCGACGAGAGGAGGAUCGCGCGAGGAACGUUCCCUCAGACUUGUGAACAGUGAGACUCGCCGUGUCGUGUGUACGCCGGAGGAGGAUCGAGGGGAGGAAAAGGGGAUCGAAGGAUUGUGAACAAUCGUGGAGCACGUGUGCGACGAUGUCGAGAUUGUUGUGUAGGAAAGUGCGCGACGGUCGAUUCGUCAGGCCCUGAACGGGGCCAGUUCCGGGGCGAGAAGAAUCUUCGCCUCUUUGACCGAGAUUUGCCGAGGUGGCAAGUUGCGUUGAACUUUUUUUAACAUGCCACGAUAUCGAGGCGAGGGAGCGCUCGAACCACGGUUAACGACGUUCUUCCUAUCCGCAUUAUCGGUGCGAUAAAUGGCGCUCUCGUUUAACCGUAACACCUUCGAAAGGAAAUACGAGCUCGAAGCUCCAGCGGGAAGCUAAGACUCGCUCCCCAGACAUGGAGUGAAAAAACGUUAACGUUCCUUCGCACGACACAUCGCGUAAAUUUCGCCUGCCUUCGAAAGUGGAGGAAGGAACGAUUUUCCAAGGAUCGAUACGACUCCCGUAUUGGAGAAGAGGUUGACCGACGUCCAGUUGCCAGGCGGUAGAUCGACGGAUCGAAGGAUCGUGGGAUCGAAGGAUCGUGGGAUCGAAGGAUCGUGGGAUCGAAGGAUCGUGGGAUCGAAGGAUCGUGGGAUCGAAGGAUCGUGGGAUCGAAGGAUCGUGGGAUCGAAGGAUCGUGAGAUCGAAGGAUCGUGGGAUCGAAGGAUCGUGGGAUCGAAGGAUCGUGGUGUUGUUUCCGCGAAACCCGCCUUUUCUUUUCACCCGAAAAACUUGGUUCAUCGACCGUCGAUCCGUCGUCGUGUGCCUCUCCUCCUCCGCUUCUCCUCCGUCUUCGUCUCGAUCGCUCCAGUUUCACUGAUCUACGGCCGAGCCGAGACCACGACGUUUCCCGUCGGCCAGCCAAUUUUAUGGGAAACGUAAACGAGGGGCGUUCGACCCGAGUCGGGGCGCGGAAGAUCGAAGCGCGGCGCGUGGUGGCGAUCGGAACGGAACUCCAAUAAUCUGCCGGUGCCCGCCUCGGAAUCUCGCUCGUGUUCAUCGAGCGUGGAGAGUGUCGUGGACCUUUGCGACUUGGACGCGAUGUCGACGCGGCCGCGAUAAGGAUUACCCGUCAAGUGGAUGGAGACGUGACGUCGGGUGUCGGCUAACGAAGAGGAUGUGAAUCGCACACGGUAUCGAAGUGAACGCGCUUAUCAAACGAUCGCGGACAUGGCUUUGAGGUGGCAGGCGAGGCUGUCCAUUGCUGCCAUACUCUUCAUGUGCACGGAAGAUACGCUGAGCUUAGGAGAUCGCACGAUGGACAACAUGGAUCGACACGGUGGUCAGGGUAGACCGCGGAACCAGAUGCUCGAUCCGCCCAACAUGAAACUGAAGGUGGAGCCUACGUUCGACUACUCGCAGAACACGAACGUGACAGCGCUGAUAGGGAAGACCGCUUAUCUCACGUGUAGGGUUCGCAACUUGGGCGACAAAAGCGUAUCCUGGGUGAGGCACAGGGAUAUUCACAUUUUAACGGCGGGGGCGUAUACCUACACGAGCGAUCAGCGAUUCCAAGCGCUUCACAGACAAAAUACAGGCCAAAAUAGCGAGUGGUCUGAAUGGACUCUUUGCAUAAAAUGGGCGCAGGAGAGAGACCAGGGACUCUACGAAUGUCAGAUCUCCACCAUCCCCGUCAAGUCGCAUCAAUUCCGCUUGAACGUUGUCAUACCGACAGCGACGAUACUCGGUGGGCCGGAUCUGUACGUUGGCGCGGGAAGCACGAUAAAUUUGACGUGCGCCAUACACUUCAGCUCGGAGCCACCAGCUUACAUCUUUUGGUACUACAACGAGCAUGUUUUGAGCUACGACAGUCCCAGGGGCGGUGUCUCGGUGAUAACCGAGAAGGGUGGCGACGUCACCACGUCUUGGCUCCUUAUCCAGACGGCGCAACCCUCCGACUCCGGGGAGUACAGCUGCAAACCGAGCAACGCCAAUACGGCGUCCAUCAAAGUUCAUGUCCUAAAUGGCGAGCGACCAGAAGCGAUGCAGACCGGAACGGCGGGACCUAUUUUAUCCUCGAGCUGUCUUUUGGUGUCUCUGAUCAUUUUGUACAUAUCCUCCUCGGUGUAAACGUCGAACACGUAACGAGUCGCACGAAUCGUCGUCGCGACGCCUUAUUUUCUUAGUGACGGGCCACCGACCAAGUCCGUCGAAUUUAAGAUCGCGCGAACCGAGACGAGAGGAGAGAAAGGAAAAAAAAAAAAAAAAAAAAAACCUCUCACGAGUCGCGACCGAUGCGAUGUCGAGAUCGCAUCGAAUUACGAAUUAUAUACGCGCAAAACUGCCCAAAAAAAUAAAAAAAAAAAAAUAAAAUAAAACAAAACAGAACAAAAAACUCAGCGGUAUUCGUUACUUUCGAGAGAAAGAAGAAACGCGUUCGCGUGUUCGAUCGAAAUCGAAUUAUAUACAUAUAUUCGUACCUGCCGGUGAGCUCCGAUAUUCGCGGAUCGAUCUUGGGUGAUUCGAGUACAACCGAAGAUGGAACUACGUUGUUUCGUUUCGUGGGAACGAAAUGAAAGAGAUUCGACGAGAUUGGGUGUCAAAAAAAUGGAAUAUAUGGUGCGCGCGUUUCGCCUCGUCUUGGAUGCCAUCGAUAGCGAACGAUCGAGGAGAAACGAGUCGUAGAGACGAGUCGCUCGAUUCGAAUCCCAAGAAUCGAGAUCGAUGUGUGUGCGUGUCCCGAGAAGAAGAUACCGGAAGGUAUCGUACGUGUCUCGGUCGAGAAAAAGGAGAGAGAGAGAGAGAGAAAGAGAGCGAGUGAGCGAGUGAGAGUGAGACUGAGAGUGAAUGAAUGAGUGAGAGAGAGAGAGAAAGGAAACGUUUAAAUUAAGAGAACGUCGACGCUAAUACCAAAGAUGGAGCCGGGAAGAGAAAUUUCUGGUUCUGUUUGUUGGAAGGGAAAAAGGUAGAGGUUCGAUAAUCCGCAGUGAGAGGAACCGAUUUACGAGAGGCGUAAAAGCGAGAAACAACCGUCUCGCGGUACGUUUUACGAUCGGUCGAAUCUUCGAAACGCGAGGGGGAUGCGCGAGACAACAUUGGCCGGGAAAUAAAACGUGACUCGACUACUCGUGAGAUCCCCGAGCUUUCUUCCGGGAUCGCAGAGGAUACGCAGCCCGUUGGUUAACCCGUGACGAGAAAAGUAUCGCGCGAGAGGAAACGAACGAAAGAGAAGAGAUCCGGGAAGAGAUCUGUUCGAUUCUUGUCGAUUGAUUCGGGGAGGGGGGGAGAAAAAUCCUUUCUCUCUCCGGUGAAUUUCAUCCAGUGAUUCGAGAGCCGGUGAUUUUCGCGAAAACAUUGAAGCGGUUUGACACGGUUUUACGCGACGCGAUACCCCGAAUGUUAAAUAUUACGUUGAGGGCGUUGAGCGCAUUACGGCGACCACGGGCGGGCAUGCAUCAUUGUCGCCACGGUGGACGAAAAACGGUCGCAGCAAAUCCUUUCCACCCGAUUAACACUCAGAAAUGCAAACGUUUCGCGAUUGAAAACGAUUACGGGAAAUUAUUGUUGCCGAGCCGCUCGAAAAUAAUCGGUCGCCCUUCGGCCGGCCGGAAUUUCGCGUUCUCGCGCUCUAAUUUUCCGAAUGUUUACGAUCGUUCCGUUUAUCAAGCUUAUCGAUUCCCGGCGUCCAACCGAGGGGAGAGAGGGAGGAGAGGCAAAUAUUCGACGAAUUCCGUGAUUUUUAGCUCGCGGGAUUGGUUUCGUGAUUGGCUUUUAUACAAAUUCGUUCGUGAUAUCGCGAUCGACCAAUUUAUCCGCGGUAAAAGUCGAAUUAGUCUAAACGUUGCGAAAAUUCGUAAGGGGGUAAGGUGGAAAAAACUGGAGCACGAUACCGCGACACAAUAUUUGAUAACAAAUUUUAGUUUUUCUUUCGUAUCGUUUUACUUUACUCGUUCCACUCCCGUUCUAGCGUGCAGCGUUUCUACUAUAAUUCAUUGUAUAAAAUCGUACACACACCGAACGCGAAAACGCUUCUUGUAAAGACAAUGCACAACGUUCUCCACAACCGCGCGACUAUUCGAAAGAGAUCGAAAGACAACGACGAGGGAAGAGUAAUCGAAGAAAAAAGAGAUUUAACGAGGGAAGGAAAAGGACGAUUUCGUGAUCGAAAGCUAGCACGAAUCGGGCGAUGAACCGGGGCGAGAAGGGCGAUGUUGCGCGCCACAGAUCUGUCCGUUUGCCGUCGGUUGAGCGGGUAUUAGCGUCGACGGCCAAAUACGGCAACCUGUACAUAGCGUCUGUAUUAUAAAUUGUGGCCGGGUGAUGAUAGUUACACGCCGCUUAAAUGCGCGGCGCUCCAACUCUCUCUCUCUCUCUCUCUCUCCCUCCCUUCCUCCCUCUCUCUCUGUCUCUCUCACCUGAACACCGAUGUGCGCUGGAUCUAGUAAUCGCGUUUGCCGCGUGGAAAUCGAGUUUCGCGGACGGAGUAGCUUCCCUGCCCAACGACCUCCACAUCCCAACCACGAUCCUUCGAUACGGAUCGAUAAUCGAACGCCGGAUCAUCGCUGAUUUCCCUCGUAAACGGAUGGAGGCGCACGAAUUACUCUCUCCGCGGCUCGUGGAAGGCGAUGAUCCCGCUUCGAGCAACCCUCGUACAAACUUUAUCCUCCCGUUCGAUGAUCCGCGAACCGUGUACCGCCAAACUUUUGAAAUACCGCCCCCUUCCCUUCUUUUUCGAAACGAACCUUUUUACUACCGUGUACAUUGCUCCUUGCUUCUCGAAUCUCCUCUUCCCGCGAUUCUGCGCACCUCGACGCGCGUCAUUUCUUUUUUUCUUCUUUUUUUUCAAGCGAGUAUAUAUAUAUAUAUAGAGUUCGUCGAUCAUCGGCCGAGAUCCACUACCCCGUCCGCGGAUACGAAAUUGAAAACGUCGACGAAAGUUUUCACUUUCUAUUUGUGUGUGUUUCGAUGUGUGAUCAUCCUCGCAUCCGAUCCUAACACCCUCCUCCCCUCCCUCCAUCCCUCGUCACAACACACUUUCGCGUUCCUAUGCCCUACCGAUGCCGGUUCUUUCUUCCAACCAUUUGGAUUACGCGGGCGCGAACAACGAUCGAAAGGGAUCCAGAGAGUGGUAAGAGUUGCGAGGAAAAGAAAAAGGAGGAGGAGGAGGAGAGAAAAGUAUAACCUCGAAACUCGAUCCGGGAGCCGGUCAACGUUGGGCGAGUUUUGGUCGAAGGGAUUUGGAGUCGAUACGCGUGCGCUCGAUGAAACGGAACGACGCGAAGGCAACGAUUCGCGCCACUCUCGAGAGAGGAGGGGAAUAAUCGCGCGCGGAGCUGGAUCGAGGAAUGGAACGGGGAAAAGUUACGGGGAUUUUUCCUCGGGUUUCGAAAAGUACGCGAAACUAACGGACAGGUCGUGGUCCAUUAACCGGUAACAGAUUCGAUCCCUCGCCUCGCGAGUCCCGUUUAUUGCGCUCGCGUCGAUACGAUCAUUCUUUUUCACCCUACUUUCCUUUUUUUAUGCGUCACUGAUCGAGUGCUGCCGCCCCUUCGAUAAAUCUUCUCUACUCGUUUCCAAGAAUCCAUUGAUCCAUUGGUGAUUCUAUUUCAUUAGAUUUGAGACGAGAUCGGUUUGAGAGAAAAAAAAAGAAUACAUUCCACUGCCGAAACGGAAGUUUAAGAUAAGUAAAAUGAAAUAAAUAUAUAUACAUAAGACAAAGUUCUCCGCGUGAAUAAGAUAGAAAUCGAUCGAGGAUUUUUACCGUUUUUCGUACAAAUAAUUUACGAUUAAGUAUUAUUCAAUUUCGUCGAUAAAUCGUUUUCGAGUAUCGUGGCGUUGAAACGAAGAUAGAGAGUCGCUUUAAAAGAAAAAAAAAAGGAACGAUCAAAGGAAUCGGUUUCCCUAGAAUCGCGAGCAUCGAUGAAACGCGGAGGGAAACGGAAAGGAAAAGAGACGCGUCGAGCAAAACUAUGGAUUUGGUUCGUUCCGGGCGGACACAACAACCUCGUCGCGAAUUGAAUUCCGAGGCUGCGAAUAGAAUUCGAUUCGGGUCUUGUCACAGUCCGGUGGUCGGCUUCGAUGUUGCCUCCACCCCCUCCCUCCCUUCGACUGUGCGCACGAAUCGCUUUGCCUUUCGAAUCGCGUCCCCGCCAACUUUGUUCCGACGGUCUUUUCUGGUCCUCCCUGAAAGAGAAAGUGACGAGAUAUAUCGAUACUGGCGCGAAUCCGGUGGGAAAGAAAGGCAAGUAAAUAAGAAAAGAAAGAAAGAAAGAAAGAAAGAAAGGAAAAGGCAUCGAUUCAUUUUUCUCCUGGCUCUCUUUCGACGUUAGUUUCGCUCGGUUUCGCGAACGACCAACGACGCCGUGUUUCUCCUGCCGCGUCGUCGACACACAACAGAGCGUAGCUAAAUAAACGGAAAGUUGGAAUGUGACGGUAUAGCGGAAACGGAAACAUUGAGCGGUGCGAGCGAUUACGAAGAGAACAAUGCGCGAAGAAGAGUAGAAAGAGAUUAAAUACGAAAAUGGCUCGUCGUGUACACACAUCACAUACGCAUACACACGCGCGUACAUAAUACACACACACACAUAUACACGCACACUCGGCAGCCUGUAAAACCUUCUUUCCAAUCGACGAAGGCCGAAGCGAAAAAAUGCAUUCACGACGCAAUCGAACGAAUUGACGAGAGGGAGAAGAAUAAAAAAAAAAAGGAAAAAAAAAA